AUGUCUGGCUCCUGCAUAGCAUUGCAGUUGGAAGAGGCAGAGGCACUGAGAUCUGUCUAUGGAGGCGAAGAUGGAUUCAUGUGGUUACACGAGCCUGAUGGGGACGAUGAUAUAGCAGAGCCUGCAUACGCAGUGACAGUGCGCAGGGACGGCCCAAUGGAGUGUUCAGUGACGAUGAUGUUCACACUACCACCUGAGUACCCCUUGAAUGAGUAUGCUGUGCCGGAGAUAGUAGCAGUUGAGGGUUCGGAGUCGGUGCAGAGGAAACUGCGUAAAAUUGAAGAUGCAGUGGCUACCAGUGUGCGACAGCAGUUGAAGAGCGGCUAUGAUUUCCCAAUCCUCGCAUCUCUGGGGCCACCAUUGACCGAUCUCCUCGCUCAUUUUGAGGAGGAGUGGAUCGGUAUGGAGAUUGAACGCGAGAAGGAAGAGGCAGCAGAGGAAAUGGACAACUACGCCUGGGCCACUCACCUAGCCAUCCCGGCACAGAAGUACGAGCAGAGACAUGGCCCUCCUGUACUUGGUCGUAGGAUGAUAUACUCUCAUCACAUAUGGAGCCCUACUAAACGGAAAUAUAUCCUAGAGUGGGCCAGGGCACUCCGUCUCGGCGGUAUGUCGAAACUGGGAUAUCCCGGCUGUAUUCUCAUCGAGGGCGAUGAACGUGACUGCGCUGAGUUUGUCAAUCUUGUGACCAGGCUACGGUGGAAGUAUAUCGGGGUACGAGGAGAAGAGCAGGUGCCUGUGCUUCCUGGGAAGUGCUUGGACGAUAUGCGGGCGUUACCUCUAUCAUUCACGGAGUACGGUUGGGAUGAUAUGGACAAGGUCGCGGCUCGGUGUAGGGAGGCUGGUCUUGAGGAACUGUUCCUGACGUGUAUGAAGAUAUAUGGCGGUAAGAAGAGCAAGGAGAAGAAGCCACAGACGAAGUCGAAUGAUGAGAAGAAAAAGGAAAAGAAAAAGCGAUGA